AUGGCAACCGUGUUGUUCUGUAAGGAUCGGAAUAAUCAUUACAGUCGUGAAUUUACUCUUAUUGUAUUACAAGUGAUUAUUUCUAAUUUCACGGCUUUUCUCCCGCAAAUACUUGUUGUGUUGCCCGAAAUAUUUAAAACAAAAAAUAAUUCAUACUCAAGUGAAACGACGUGGAUUAACCGCGCAUUCUCAACUUCCAAUACUUUUUCACUCUUUUCCAUACUUCAUUUUUCACUUUUGUUGACGCUGAAUCGUUUUGUGGCACUAAUUUUACCAAAAUAUCGCACUUUUUUCAAAUCAGCAAAGCUGUAUUUUCUAAUUGCUGUUGUGUGGUUAUCAGUUUUAGCGAUCACAUCUGCCGAUUUUUAUUAUUGCACCAGAAGAUUCCUUGUGUGGAAUCUCAGUUGGGAAGCAAAUUGUGCAAAGUCAAGCGGAAUAAGCCAGACUUGGUGGAGGAUAUCUUACCGUUGGGCAUUGCUCAUACCUAAUAUAAUGUUCGCUAUGUAUAUCGCCAUACUCUACAGCAUACGUCGUAGGCGUCAUUUUGUAAUAUAUGGUAACAGUGGAAAGCAACAUAUUAUGAACAUGGGUGCGAAACAUAAAAGCAGUGUCAUAAAAAUUUCUUAUUAUGAAUGGUCAAUGUUAAUUCAAGCUGUAUGGAAUUGUGGUGUAUGGAUAAUUGGCGUUAUUAUUUUUAAUUUUCUGUCACCAUUGUUGACUAAAAUUUUCGGCAAAGGAGCUGAUCUUCCAUCCAGAAUUUUCAUAAAUUGUUACAUCAUUUUCAUUUGCUCCGUAUUGCCUACUGUUCAUUUCACUUACAGUAAGCAGUCGCGUGAUAUCUUAAAACAUCAUUUAAAUGCUUGGUCACAACUGAAAAUGGGACAUUUAGAAACAAGACUGCUUUCAAGGGCUAUUGGGACGCACGGAACAAUGUGA